AUGGCGGACGUGCAAAAGAAGCUCCAGGCACUUUCUGAUAGCUACCAAGGCCUCCAGGCUGAGCUCGGAACUGCAGUAGAGGCACGCCAGAAGCUCGAAUCGCAGCAGCAGGAGAAUAGUACGGUUAAGAAGGAGUUUGACAUACUCGACGACGAUGCCAACAUCUACAAGCAGAUCGGACCAGUGCUGUUGAAGCAGGACAAGACAGAGGCGGUCAUGUCGGUUAAUGGUCGCCUCGAGUUCAUCGACAAGCAGAUCAAGGAUAUCGAGAAGCAGAUCCAGGGAAUACAAGACAAGAGCGAGAAGAUCAAGGGCGAGAUCAUCCAGAUACAGUCGGCCGCACAGCAGUCACAACAAGCAGCGGCAUCAUCAUGA